AUGGUUUCUCCAACCCCAAAAAAUACAAGACUUUGCUGCGCUUUGGAUGAAUGUUUGGGAUUUAAUAUCCCUGAUUCAAAGCUAGUUACUAAAACAGGACAUUCAAACUAUGAAAGAAAAUAUUCCUUUAGGCACCAAAAAUUGGCCUCAUUGCAAAGCAUUGUGGCUUCUAGCUAUUAUUCUGGAAGUGAAGAUGAUGAUAUUAGCGGACAAGCCAUGAGAGAUGUGGAUCCUAUACGAAUUCCACCGAGAAAUCCAAUAAGAUGGAGUUUAAUCAAUCAAAACUUCACUCCUGUUACUAAUCCACUGCCUAAAGUUUUAGAAGAAGAUGAAUCCGAACUUGGAUCAGUCAGUGAUAUUUUAUCUCUUUACAACCGCAGUGAUGAUAAAAGUGAUAAUCAAUCUUUUCAACAAAGCGUGAUUUCAGAAUCAGUUCUACAGGAAAAGGCUAAGGACAUUGUAUUUCCCAAAAAUGAUGAAACAGGUGAUUGUGAUGGUGGCUUGCAAUUUUAUGAAUCCAAUAACGGCGGCUCCUCUCCAAGUGUACCUGCUGAGGAGAUUCCAAUUUUUAUAAACUCCAAUACCCAUAUAAAUGAAACUUCUGCAAAUUUCUUAUCCAGCAGUACAACUAUUGCAUCUGAUUGUUCUAUUGAUGACAAACCAAAUUUUUCGGAUAUUAGUGAUGAUAGAAGUAAUGUUGCAACUACCAACGUUGGUAUAACUUCUAGCGAGGAAACUAUGAGUGACCAAUUUUAUUUUACAAAUAAUUUCCACGAAUCAGGAAAUGAUGGUACUGAAAAUACUGGGCUUAUGUGGAACCUUGAGCUUCCUGUAGGUGAAACUGAUCUUCAUGCAGCCGCCAAACAAAGACUCAGCUCGGAAGGUCCAAAUAAACUCAGAAGUAAUGGAGUCAUAAACCAUAAGAGAAGCAAUUCUGGGGAAUCACAAGUUUCAGAUAUAACUUUUGAAACCACCAUCUCUCAAUCUACAGCUGCUACUUCUAUUUUUGGAUCUGACGAUAAAAAUAAGAGAGAUCAAUUCCUCUCUAAUUCAAUUGCUUUAACCUCACCAAAUGUUGGAAUGGAGACUGAUUUAAAGAUAUCUGAAGUUGGUGAAGUAUGCUACCAACAACAACAGCAACAACAACAACUAGGAAAUCCUUGUGACGAUGGGACUAUAUCCAAACAAAUACAAGUCGAUUAUCAGCAAAAUCAUGAACAAGGAAAUUCCGAGAAUAGCACAAAAACUCUAGAUCCUUUUGAAAGUAUUUAUGGAUUCCAAAAUUUUAAUCAUUCACCCCUUUCCAAAAGAAAACAGGCUUCAGUUGAUCAAAUCGGGUAUGCUGCAUAUGUCGAUAUCAAUUAUGAAAGUUUGCCCCAGGCUCAACAAAUAAAGCAAGAGACCCCUAAUUUUUUGCAAAAUUUUGAAAAAAAUAACUCCAGUUUCAAAGAUGAAUCAAGGGGGUUUCCAAAUGACACGGCUUCUUCCGAAAUCAUUGCAUCCAACAUUUCUAUUUUGCGCAAUAUCUUAUACGAAGAAGAUGGGUAUGACAGCAACAAUUUUCAAGUUUCAAUUAAUGAACACUUGGAAACUUGGUCUUCAGGUGUCAUUGGUGGUGAUGUGGCACAUGAACCGAUGGAGAGACCUAAAUAUCUGAUGUUUGGGCUGCUGAUGAAGAAACUUUAUCACUCUGAUGAGAAUCGAUUGAAGCUCAAAAAAAUUAAACUUGGUUUACCUAAUAUUAACUCUCUCAAUCCUGCAAAUUUGAAAAUGAAGACACUACAAAAGUUCCCACAUAAUUUAAAAGAGUUCAUAAUAACAAAAGCUUCCAAAUAUUGA